UCACGGUAAUUGGUUUCUAUUACUUAAUAAUACGUGUAUUGUUGAAGCUAUAUUGUUAUAAUUAGUACAUUACUCAAUCACAAUGUUAUGUUAUUACGAAGUUUUGAAAGUACCACGAGAUGCCAAUGAUGAUGAAUUAAAAAAAGCAUACAGAAAAUUAGCAUUAAAAUGGCAUCCUGAUAAAAAUCCUGAUAAUCCUACAGUAGCUAAAGAGCAAUUUCAAUUAGUUCAACAAGCUUAUGAAGUACUCAGUGACCCACACGAACGUAAAUGGUACGACAAUCAUCGAGAAGCUAUCUUAAAGGGUGGCAGUGGUGCAGAUUACAAAGAUGAUCUGAUUGAUCUGUUCCCAUAUUUUUCUACAAACUGUUUCAAAGGUUACGGGGAUGAUGAAAAUGGAUUUUAUACCGUUUAUAGAAAUGUAUUUGAAAAAAUUGCUGCUGAAGAUUUGGAAUUUAUUGACGAUGAUGAAACAACUAUUGAUAAUAUUCCAAAUUUUGGAAAUUCUCAAAGUUCCUAUGAAGAAGUAGUACAUCCGUUUUAUUCUUAUUGGCAAAGUUAUUCAACCAAAGUGUCAUUUGUUUGGCUUGAACCUAUUGAUACACGUAAUAUUCCGAAUAGAAAAGUUGUACGUUUAGCAGAAAAGCAAAAUAAAAAAGUUUGUGAUAAAGCUAAAAAAGAAAGAAAUGAACAAGUUAGAAAUUUAGUAUCAUUUGUUCGAAAAAGAGACAAACGAGUUCAAUUACAUGCUCAGAAACUUGCAGAAAGGGCUAAAUUAAAUACUCAAAAGGUUCAAGAACUGCGAAUGAAACAACUUGAAGAGAAGAGGAAAAAAAUAAUGGAAUAUAAAGUGUCAGAUCAGUACCAAUAUUCUGACGCUGAAUCAGAAUUGAAAAAUAUUGAAGCUAAUUUAGCAGCAGAAUUCGGAGAAUCAUUGUCUGAAAAUGAAUGUUCAGAUGAAGAAAAUGAUGAAAAUAUUCAAUCAAAUGGACUUUACUGCAUAGCAUGCAGUAAACAUUUCAAAAAACCUCAAGCAUUUGCAAAUCAUGAAAAUUCAAAAAAUCAUAAAAAAAAUUUCGCCAAAAUGAAAAAUACUAUAAUGAAAGAAGAAGAAAUUAUUAACUCAAAUAAAAAUAGUACCAGUCAAGUUACUGAUCCGAAAAAAGAAGAGGAAUAUCUUUUUCCUGAACCAGUAAAUGCAGAACUUAUUAAUGAUAACAAUGAUGAUAGCAAUGUAUCUGAGGGCGAGUUAUUAUCUGAUGAUGAUGAUAACGAUAACGAUGUACUUCACAUAAAAAAAGAUGAAUUUAGUACCAAAUCGAAUGAUGAAUAUAUUUUUCCGCAACCUUUAGAGAAUCAAUCUGAUUAUGAUGAUGAUGUUUCAGAAGGAGAAUUAAUAUCAGACAACAGUGAUAAAGAAAUACUGGAAGAAACUUCAAAAUUAAAGAAAAAGAAGAAAAAAAAAAGGACAAUUAAUAAAAAUCCUAUUUGCAAUGAUUUCGAUGAAAAUCAAGACAUCGAACAACUUGAUGAUGCUUUGAGCCAUUCUUCUAGAUUAAAACAACGACGAAGAAAAAAAUACCAAGAAAUGGCUGCUAAAAAGGGUGUAGAGAAAAGUGAACCUGAUAUAAAAGAGAAUAAUGAUGUAAAUUCUGAGAAUGAAAAAAAAUGCCAAAAGAAUAAUGUAAAUACUAACGAUGUGGAUGAUACUGAACAUAUUUGUGUAACUUGUAAAGCCAAAUUUCCAAGUAAAAAUAAGCUUUUCGAACAUUUAAGAAAAUUGAAUCAUGCAAUGUACCUACCAAACGUUGCAAAUUCUAGUAAGAAAAAAUCUAAAAAAAAAUCUAAAAAGUCAUCUGACAUCAAUGACGAAUAGAUAGAAUUUCAAUAAGUUAUUAAUAAUGUAUUAUAAGAAGUCUAGAUAUAAAUAAAGAAAAUUAAAUUUUCAUUUUAA